AUGAUCCUGCGUAGCUCAGCAUGGAAGAAGAAGGCGACGGUCCUCGCAGAGGCUUCCACGAGGGCGAGAUCUAGUAGUUCGAAAAGCUCAGCGGCAGCUGCCACACAGAAUUUCCGAGUGGCAUCACCAAAGGACCAAUUCUCCAAAGAAAUCCUCAAGGAACAUUAUGCUUCCAUUCCAAGAAAGGCCCAGGAGAAAAGGUCCCAAGAUAGAGAUUUGUACGUAUCAGUACUAGAAUCUUCGUCGGCCACCAAAAGGGAUGCGAAGCAGUAUCUGCAGACAUUCGCGCCCACAGUGGCAAGGGAGCCCGCCCCGGCUGCGGCCCCGAUCAACGUUGAUCCGCUGACGAACGGUGCUCGGGCUAUCAGCGAGACGCCCAGGUUCGUUCAGGGCUCGGUCACGACGAAACGAGCUCCUGUCGACCCUGUUCCUCACGCCGCUCUCAUCAAGUUCAGGCUGCCACAAGAUGCCGACGAAGCCACCUUGAGGGGCGUGGCCAAGACACUUGCGCAGCUGCGGGUGCUGGGCCUGGUCAGCGUGAUCGUCCUCGACUGCGAGCUGGGGCCGGACGACAAGUACUGGUCUCGAAGUCUAAACCAACAGGCUUACAGGCUAGCUGGGGCCAUUGAUCAAUAUGGAGAGCCUUGGACAACAGUCAUGACAGACUUCCCACUGUCCACUCAACAUGCUUCACCUGGGAGCCAAGCCUCGCCAUUGAUAUCCAACACCACCAUCGUUGAGGAGGGUAGCUCCGUAUUGUCGGCUCUCAAUAAGGGGUCAGCUGUCAUUGUCCCACCGAUUGUUCAACAAUAUGACGGAAACUCCCAACCUAUUGACCCCGACGAAGCAAUUUUGUCCCUGACACGCUACCUAUCCGGACUGCAGUUAGCUAAGCCAUCUGGGCCUGGAGGAGAGUACGAGCAGGGCUUGACAUUGCCGGGAAAGAAGGCCUUCGUCGACCGGGUGAUCAUUCUGGAUCCUGUCGGCGGCAUUCCCGCUAAGAACCGCUGGAAUAACGCACAUGUGUUUCUCAACCUAGAGGACGAGGUCAAAACUGCAAAGACACAUCUACAGUCUUUGAACACGACCUCGCAGGAAGAGAACGAAAGCAGCUCUUCUGUACAAGCACACAUGCGAAACCUCGACUUGGCCAAGAACACGCUUGCGAUUCUGCCUUCGACCUCCUCAGCACUGAUCACAACGCCUAGAGAAGCAGCAAAUCUGCAUUCCCGAAGCGAGGAUGCUUACGAAGGCGGCGUGAUGGGAUUUGUGGGCACUGUCGGGACGAGGAAAAGCCACAACCCCUUGAUUCAUAACCUCCUCACAGAUCGCCCAACCCACUCGUCAUCCCUCCCUCUUGGUCGGAUCAAACCUAUCUCGCGGAACGCGGACCCAAAUAGCAGCCCAGUCAUGUCGCCUACGACUUUAGCCAAGAGAGGCAUGCCUGUAACAGUCUAUCCAGAUCCAUCGUCAGCGGGAUGGGUGCCUCCAAAGCCUGGGGGGCCUCGGCUCAAACUAACCGAUUCAUGUAUCGACAUGCCGCGGCUGGUGCAUUUGAUCGAAGAUUCCUUCAACAGGAAGCUGGAUGUCCAACACUACCUGAACCGGGUUGAAAAAAGCCUUGCAGGCAUUAUCAUCGCCGGAGAAUACGAAGGAGGCGCGAUCCUGACCUGGGAGCGACCAUUCGAUAUGGACGAGGAAACAGCAUACAAAAGCGGACGAAUGGUUCCCUACCUGGACAAGUUCGCCGUCCUCAAGAAGAGCCAGGGGGCGGGUGGCGUCGCGGACAUCGUGUUCAACGCCAUGGUCAGAGACUGCUUCCCCGAGGGCGUGUGCUGGAGGAGCAGGAAGAACAACCCCGUCAACAAGUGGUAUUUCGAGCGGUCGCGGGGCACGAUGAAGCUGUCCGAGUCGGACUGGUCGAUGUUCUGGACAACACCGCGGGUGACGCUGAGGGAUGAGAUGAUGAAGGAUUACGAGGACGUGUGCCGGAAUAUACUGCCUUCGUGGGCGGACAAGAAGCAUAUUGUCGAUUAG